GUGGCGGUUGUUUAGCUUUCGGGUGUUGCGGGUGCCGCUCGCUGGUUGACAGUAUAUGCGCCGGCAAAACUAUGUUCGGAACGGGCCCGCGACUCCAAAUGCGCCUCGAAAACUGGUCGGCGGCGCGGGAAGGCUCACGAAACGAAACACGGCUCCGGCGCCGCGGCGGAUCGUUUUAACUACGCAGCCAACAAUGACGCUCCGGUUUCGCGCGAACUCGGCGUUCGUGGAUGCCUCGCGGUUCGCGUUUUCAAACACCGUCGUUGAAACGCCACUUUCGUUCUGCGGCUUCUGGUAGUUUCAAACGCGAAAAAAAAAAAAAAAAAUGUCGUUGCCCGUGCAGCGGCCGCUCGCUGACAGCGGUCCCGGUAGUGCGACGCCGUGUUGAUCUUUUGUCUGCUGGGUUCCUUCCUUGGAAGGCGUUUGGUGGCAUAUCGGUAUUCCUUCUUCCAAAACGCCGCUGAUACGGCUGGCAUCGAUAACAGUGGCAUAGAUACAGGCGCACUGUUUUCGCGAUUCCUGGAAAAAGAAAGCGAUGCCUUGUUUAGGGCUGCGUUCUUUGUUUAGUUCGUGAUUGGAGCGCGCUGUUUCGGGGGCCGUCACACAGCGGCGGAAGAAAGCCGAGGGCCGGUUUCGCCUUCGCCGAUGAAGCCGAGGCGCGCGCCCGGCUUCGUCGAUAACUUGGUUUCGUGCGCGGUGCGUUUAAAUUGUGUUCGUAAUUAAUAAAACGGCGUGGUAGCCGUGCUAGCCGUAGAAAUGACUUGUCAGGGUAGUUACGCUGACUGUUCGCGGCAUUGUUAACGCCGCCGCCGAUCAUAUGCAUUGUAUAUUGCUCGUGCAAGUUUACAAGUGAAGUUAAUUUUGGAUGGUUGCGUCUCUGCUCUUUGGAGUGCCUGCAAGGCAGCAUGGUUGGAUCUGAAGACGAAGCGGCUCGAAACUGGGAUGGGGCCGCUGUGGGAGGUGGCACCACAAGCAAGAGUGGCGGCGGCGGGAAGCGCCGUGGUGCAAACGGAGCGUGGAGCCCCCGCAACUGCCUGCUGGUGCGGGACUUUCUGGUUCCGUGCCUGGACAGUCGUUGCUAUGGCGAUGACCUGCAGUGGUUGAACCGCCGCCGGGGUGUCUUCCUCAUCCGCUGGACCCACCAGGGCAGCAAGAGCUUCAACCGCGAGGGGCCCAACGUCUUUCGGGACUGGUCCAUCCUGAAACGCAAAUGGGACGACCGGGACCCCAACCGACUGUCCAAAGCCAAGCAGCGCGUGCGGGCCGCAUUUCGCAAGCUGCCCAACGUUCGUCGCAUCAACGAUGGUGCUGCUCCACACCGCAUCUACCGGAUCAAGGACAUCGCAACCUACCUAAAGCCAUGGAAAGAGCCCAAGGAGAAGAAAAAGCGGAAGAAGCGGCGGUCGUGUGGGUGUGUGGCAGGCUGCUGCAACUGCAAGAACCAGGAACAGCGGGUGCAGUCCCCUGCCGGCGUGGAUGACGAUGACGACGAUGAGGACUUGGAUGAACUGUAUGAAGACUACGGAGAGGCGUACACCAGCAGCAACGUCAGCAAGAAGUCGAGGUCGACGCCUUCCUCCACCUCUUCCUCGUCGGGCGUCUGGUCCUCGCUGCAUUCACUCACGGAAGCGUCCACGCCACCUGAGGAAGAAGAGCAGGAGGGGGCCACCUCGUCGUGUGCAUCCUGGGGUCCCGAUGACAUGGAAGCAGUGCAGGCGCUGCUGUCCAUCAGGCAUGGCUACCACCAGCCAUUCUCAGUGCCCCCACAGCAGCAGCAGCCACAGCCACAGCCGGCCACGGAUCCGCUUGCCCCUACAGCAGCGGUGACGCCGGCAUCAUCAGUACCGCCCAUGCAAGCCCGCCAGGAGGACCAAGUGGUUCCCAUGGAGCUAGCCAUGGCUAGCCCAGUGUCAUCAGCCGAAGAUGAAGCAUCUUUGGCACCUCACAGUGUGCAUGUCUUCAAGGAGCAACUGGCCGCGGCCCUGGCUACAGCUCCGCGCCCAGCUCAGCCGGACACCGUGACGGGCGACAGCCCGCACAUGUUCUGGGCGGAUGCUGCGCCGGCCAGGCAGGGGGAGCAGUUGUCGUCAGCGGCUGUCGGGGAGAGCGGCUUUGUGUCAGGCUUUGGCCCCAAGCCGACAAUAAAGUCUGAGCCCAGCGCAGCAGAGUUCGCGGCAGGGGGCGCCACUGCAGCCAUGGCAGGCACGACCACAGCACCAUCAGGCUGGACUGACCACACAGCUUCCUCGUCCUGGCUGGACAGAAAUGAGCCCACGAGACUUGACGGCUGCUGGUCUACAAGGUGACUGGGCCUGUGUGACUGACAAUAUGCGUGCUGAACGUGGCACGGGUAAAGAAAACGAUUCUGUCAUUGCGUGGACACCACUGCAAGUCGGCCAUAUCCAUUGACGUCUGACGAUAUCAUGGCAACGACGACUACACUGAUCAUUUUGCUCAGGCCUCGCCUCUUUUCCUCUUGUUUUGUUACCCUAUGUCACGGCAGUGUGCAUAUUUGCUGCCCCUUUCUUACUCUCUCUCAAUGAAUUUCAUUGUGUACAGUAUUGUGCCCCAUGAAUCACAAAUAAAGGAUGCCAAAUAGCUUUUUUUUUUUGCAUGACAUGUUUUGGCACAUUUUUCUAA